AGAGAGGAAGGUUCACAGCACAGGAACCGGGAUCAACUGGACUUAGACUGGCGAGAGGAGUCCGGGUACAUCAGUCUGAUCUAAAGAGGAGAAAACAGUCGUUGUUUUUUUUUUUUAAUUUAAAUAAUUCCAUUGGAUUAAGAAUUUUAUUAUGCUUGUUCAGCGUUUCGUUUUUGGGCGUCUUUCUAUGGAACCACGAGGGAAUCUGAUCAUAACUGAAAGUAAUUUCAGCGAAAGAGAUACAUUUAGAGAAGAAUGCUGAUCACCACCACAACCUUGUCAUUCUGAGUUACUUGAAUAAAAGGCUUGGGCAGAGUUGAUCGGCGCUUGUUUUCACUUCAUCGUUGCACAUUUCCCUUUUCUUGCUCAACUCGUUUGAAAGAUGGUUGGGUUCAGACCUGUCGAUGUCGCCCCUACCGCUGCUGUGAAGUUCAUCGGGGCCGGGACUGCAGCGUGCAUUGCCGAUCUCAUCACCUUCCCCCUCGACACUGCUAAAGUCAGGCUUCAGCUUCAAGGAGAGUCCAAGUCUGCAGGAGCCAGUGUGACAUCUGUCAGAUACAGCGGGGUCUUUGGCACGAUCACCACCAUGGUGAGGACUGAGGGGGCGAGGAGUCUGUACAAUGGGCUGGUAGCCGGUCUCCAGCGCCAGAUGAGCUUCGCUUCCAUCCGAAUCGGCCUCUAUGACUCAGUCAAGCAGUUCUACAACAAGGGGGCUGAGCAUGCUGGGGUUGGAAGCCGCUUGCUCGCUGGCUGCACCACUGGAGCUAUGGCUGUGGCCCUCGCUCAACCAACUGACGUGGUCAAAGUGAGAUUCCAGGCUCAAGCCAAUGGGUCGAGUGGAAACCGGCGAUACCAGGGAACCAUGCAAGCCUACAAGACCAUUGCAAAAGAGGAAGGCAUCAAGGGGCUAUGGAAAGGAACUUCACCAAAUAUUGCUCGGAAUGCCAUUGUGAACUGCACCGAAUUGGUCACUUAUGACCUAAUCAAAGAUGCGCUUCUGAAAUCUAAUCUCAUGAGUGACACCUUGCCGUGCCAUUUCACUUCUGCUUUUGGUGCCGGCUUCUGCACCACUGUGAUCGCUUCCCCUGUCGAUGUAGUGAAGACAAGAUACAUGAACUCUGCCCAAGGCCAGUACUGCAGUGCCUUGAACUGUGCCUUCACCAUGAUGAAAAAGGAGGGACCCACUGCUUUCUAUAAAGGGUUCAUGCCUUCUUUCCUACGUCUGGGUUCCUGGAAUGUAGUGAUGUUUGUCACCUAUGAACAGCUUAAACGUGGCAUGAUGAUCGCUCAUCAGAACUGGGCAACCCCUGUGUAAAUGUCAUCCUAGUGUGUAGUGCAUAGUGCUUUCUCACUGCAGCUUGAAGUUAAAUACACCUGUGCUGUACCUCUACCUCCUUGUAGUUUAUUAUUUGUUACACUGUCACUUCUUCUUUCUAUGUUUACAGAAGACUGAAAGCUGGCCUUUUUUAAAGACGAUGCAUCUUCUGCAUUCUGAUUUUUAUUUAGAUUGUAUUAAGAUCUGCUAUAAACCUUGGUACAGAUGUUGCCAUGUUAUUACAGGCAUUAGGAAUUGGCUUUAAUUUCAGUCUGCUAGGUGCACUGAAUUAAUUUGUUUGGCUAAUCUUGUGCAUUACUGUAAUUAAUUGACUACUAAGAAAUAAAAUUUAACUGCA